CUGUAGGGCCAUAGAUUUCUUUCCGGUAGCAUCAUCACGGGGCUGUCAAUGUUUCUUUACAGACAGAUACUCACUGGAAAACGAACGUUAUCUGAACUUUCUUAACAAGUUCAGCAUGUCUGCUACCGAAGAGGAUACAGAAUUGCGGGAUCUUUUAAUUCAGAAUUUGGAAAACAGUGGCGUUCUCAACAAAAUCAAGGCGGAGCUGAGGGCCGCAGUGUUUGUGGCCUUAGAGGAGCAGGAAAAACAGGAGAAGCCUCCUCUGGAGAACGAGUGUCUUAAGAAAUGCCUCAGCACCAGAGAUGGUCGUCUGGCUGCUAGUCUCAUCUUGGACUUCAUGCAGGUGUAUAACCUAGACUUCACCCAGGCUGUGUUCCAACCAGAGAUCAACUCGUCUGUAGACGGGCGUGAGAGUGUGUGUCGGGACCUGGGGGUGAACGAUGGCGACAGCAGGAGUAGUCCUCUCUUACUGGAGGUCAUCAGGAGGAGUCGCCACAGAGAGAAGUCCCACCCUAGCACCAGUGAGGGGGAGAAAAAGGAACUGUCUCCACGUCAGAUUGCAGAGGCGCGAAGGAAGUUUGAUGCACAUUCCAAGGACAAAACUGGAGUGAAGGCGGAGGCGGUUACUGCUGUGUUUCUAGACUUAUGUCCAGCCUUCAGCCGGAGCAUGCUGGAGUGUUACGUCAAAGAUGAGUUAUCUACCAGAGACAAAGACGGAAGCAGUGCAGUGGACUUCCAGGAGUUCCUGGGAAUGUUGAAGCGUUUCUUCAUGCAGUGUCGAAGUGUGGUGAUGUCUGACGCUGGUGACACCUCGGCCCCAGCUGUACGUGGGGUGGAGAACCGCAUCAGCACCCAGCCACUUAGCCGGGUGCUCUCUGAUGUAGGGGAUACCCCCUCUGCAGCUGUUCAAGGACUCGAGGACAGAAUUAGUAGCCAACCACACAGUCGGAUUCCCAGAUUUAAAGGCCAGUCUGGAGUUUCACUUGAAGAGUCAGACACACAGAUCUCCGAGGUCAAAGGUCAUGUGGGCGGAGCUGCAGCGGGCGACAGCAGCAGCGGAGGAGGAGGAGGAGGAGGAGGAGGAGGAGGAGGCUCUCUGCGUAGGGCCAUGCUGGCGGAGGAGGAGCUGGAGGAGGACGAAGGAGACUCGUUCUUUGACGACCCGCUGCCCAAACCCCAGAAGACCUACGGCUCUCGACUCUCCUCUGUAGACCGGAGUGGGUCUGAGAGAAGCACCAGCCAGAAAGAUAAGCAUCGGUCUGGGUCUGAGGGAAGAGCACCUUCACAGAAGAAUGAAGACAGAAACGAUGAGGAAGUGAACUAUGAUGACGACUUCAAUAGCCAUCGCUCAGAGAACUCUCGCAGCGAGAUCAGCAUUGGAGAGGAGAUUGAGGAAGGUUCCCUCGAGGGGCCAGACUUUAGUGAGAAGGUGGACAGCACAUUGGACGUCAGCGUAUCACAACUGAGCGAAGGAGCAGAUUAUUUAGAAGAGGUCUCCUGAUCCCCUUAACCUUUAACCUUUAACCUUUAACCCUUAACCCCUGACCGCAGACCCCUUACCUCUGAGUGCCACUGUUGUUGUUGUGUGUGUUUGUGUGUCAUGUCUGCAACUCUUUUCAAAGCCUCUAUGAUGUUACAGUAAAUAACGUGUCCUUUUCAAAUAAAUGAAAAUCUUAUACCA